GUCACUCGUUUCACCGAAGGCUCACAUGGCCGCGGCUGCGAUGGAGGAAGAAGAGGAGGAGGAGGAAGCAUGGUUGAUGGACUCCCUGAGGCUAUACAACGACCUGCAUCUCUUUGAACUUCCUGGGCCCACCAGAGUCAUCGAAUGGAUAGGAGACCAACGCAUUUGUGUCGCUGGAUACGAGAAUGGGAGCAGGAACGAAAUUCUGCAGCUGCUUCUGCCUCCAAGGCUGCUUGCAAAACAGAAUAAGGGCUUAUGUCCGGAGCGAGAUUUCAAGGUUGAAAGGGGUGGAAUCUGUGAUCGCCCCAUCUACAGGCUCAAACAUGUCCCGGGAACCAGCUUGUUGGUAACCAGUGGGCCACCGGACAGUGGACUACAGGUUUGGUGCAUGGAACCAGAUGAAACAGAUAUGAUUAAGCUACUGAGUGUCACCACUCCCACAAAGACUGAAGAUACUUCCUGGUCCAAAAUUGCAACCAGCUGUGCCAAACCGGCCUGCGUCCUCCAUGGGCAAAGAAUCUCCAAUCUCCAAAUGACAGAAAUCGAAUCAGAGAAAAGUCUUUGGGUGGCUGGCUCUGCCAGCCUUGACAAAAUUGCCAGUCUGGACUUCCUGGAUGAAGCCACCGCUGUGGUGUGUGGUGCCAAAGGGCAGCUGUUCCUUGUGGACUUCCGGCAGCAGCAGGGGAUUCUGGGAGAGCUCGAGGAGGCUCAGACCCCUUGGGCCCAGAUGGAGGGGCUGAGCUGGUGUGCAGGAGUCGGCUCUGGAGAGGCGCCACUGAUUGCCCGUCUCUCCGUGGGCGGCCUCGUUGUGUUGACAGACAUCAGACACCCUUCCAGCCCCCUGAAAAUGGCCCAAUGCUGUGCACCCACCUCUAAUCUCCGUGGGGCAGACUUCCUGUCCAUCAGCUUGGCUCCUGUACUGGGCGACAACCUGGCGGUGUCAGGUUUUGACGGGACCGUUCAGGUUUACAAUACACAGGACUGGGACUCCUCAGGGCAGGAAGCCAAGCCGGUGUUCAUUCACAAAGGACACAUCUUCAGCACCCCAGGCAAGGAUGGGGGCAGCCCGGUGGUCACCACCCACACUUGGCACCCUUGGAAGCCCCAAACAUUACUCUCGGCUGCAAGCGAUGGAUCGCUGCACGUGUGGGACUGGUCUGACCCUCGAACAAGCGAGCCAGUCUGACACCCUCUGUUCCCCCCCCUCUUGGGGCGUGUCCUCUGAGGUCCCCUGCUAUCUCCACCCUUCACAGCACAUCCUGGAGUCUCUGGACCUAAUGAUGUUUGUGAAUAACCUUGGGAGACAGAAGAAAGACCUACAGGCUAGCUGACAGUAAGAUAAGAGAUAGUUGAACCUCAGCAGGAAAUGAGGUUAUGGAAAAUAUCUCUAGUUUCUUGCACUGUAAAACUGAGGGGGGGUCAGAGAUGUUCUUACCUUGCAAGAUGUUGUUAAUAUAACCUUAAAAGAAAGAUAGAGCUAAUAUUUCUGGGUUGAGGGCUUUUUGGAAACUGAAGCAGUAUUUGCUGUGUGAGCAAGGAGACAGCAAGGAGCCUGGGUGUGGCUUAGCUCAACUAUAAAGCUGCUUGGUG